AUGUGCCCUGGACAUAUUGGUGCCUUUGAAUACACUGUAAUGCCUUUUGGCUUAAGAAAUGCCGGAGCCACUUAUCAAAGAGCAAUGAAUUCUGUUUUCCAUGAUAUGAUAGGACAUUCUCUAGAAGUGUACAUAGAUGAUGUGGUGAUUAAAUCCCCAGAAGAAGGAGAUCAUGUAUCAAAUCUGAAAAGGGCAUUCCUAAGAAUGAGACAGCAUAAGUUGAAAAUGAAUCCCAAGAAAUGUGUUUUUGGAGUUAAAGCAGGGAAUUUCUUAGGUUUCUUGUUCCACCAAAGGGGGAUAGAAAUCGAUAAAAAUAAAGCAAAAUCCAUCAUAAGAGCUCUACCACCUCGGAACAGGAAAAAGUUGCAGAGUCUCCUAGGAAAAACUAAUUUCCUAAGGAGAUUCAUAUUCAAUUAUGCAGGAAAAAUCCAGCUUUUCUCCUCCUUGCUAAGACUGAAGCAAGAACAGACGUUCAAACACUACAUGUUGCCAUUCAGCAUCUACAUCAUUGCCAAGACAGACCUAAACAAAUACAUGCUAACAAGGCCAAUGUUGAGAGGCAGAAUUGGCAAAUGGACUCUAGCUUUGACAGAAUUUGCAUUCAGAUAUGUUCCUCAGAAAGCUGUCAAAGGACAAGCUAUAGCAGAUUUCCUAGCAGAUCAUCCAGGGAAAGAGGUUGAAAAUAUGGAUUCUUUAGAUAUAGCAAAUGCAUAUCUGUUGACUAGAGCUCAUACUUGUCUCAACAAUCCGAUCUACUCAGUUCACCUCACACCUUGGAAACUGUACUUUGAUGGAUAA